GCCGCCAUCAGUGAAAGAGUUUAUUGAAGGACAGUGAGAAGAUGAGUGAUCCAGAACCCUGCAGAAUUAAACAGGAAGAGACUGAAGAACUAAUAGAUGUGAUGGUGAAGGAGGAGAGAGAAGAAAUGAGCGAAGAUGAGGAGAAACAUCACGUCAAAACUGAAAUCGAAGCUCAGACAAAGACUGAAGAUAGUUUUUUAUUAGAAAGAACAGCCAUGAAAUGUUUCACCUGCACUCAGUGUGGAAAGAGUUUCAGCCACGAAUACAAUCUCAAGCGUCACAUGAUGAUCCACACUGGAGAGAAACCUUACAAGUGUUCACACUGCGAGAAGAGAUUUAAUUGUUCAGGAAACCUGAAUAAUCAUGAGAGAAUCCACACUGGAGAGAAAACACACAGAUGUGAUCAAUGUGGAAAGAGUUUCACAACACCGUCACAUUUUAGAGACCAUCAGAAGAUCCACACUGGUGUGAGAGAGUUUGUGUGCUUUGCAUGUAAGAAGAAUUUUUUCACAUCUGGAGACUUGAAAAAGCACCAGAAGAUCCACACUGGAGAGAAACCGCAUGUGUGUUCACACUGCAACAAGAGAUUUACUCACUCAGCACAGCUGAAAGUACAUGAGAGGACUCACACUGGAGAGAAACCGUACACGUGUACUCAGUGUGGCAGGAAUUUCGCACAGUUAUCAAACCUUAUAAAUCACAUGAGGAUCCACACUGGAGAGAAACCGUUCACAUGUACGCAGUGUGGGAAGAGUUUCACUCAGUUAUCACACCAUACAGAUCACAUGAGGAUCCACACUGGAGAGAGACCAUACAAGUGUGAACAGUGCGUUAAAACAUUUCUGAGGCCUUCAGAUCUGAAGAAACAUCUUAGAGUUCAUACAAAGGAGAAGCCUGACUGUGCGUUCACAUCGAAAGCAGCGACAACGUCAAAGUAGCUGGAAGUCAUUCAUUUUCAAUAGUAGCCGGUGUCGAGGAGAGUUGAAAUCAAGUCAACUUCAGGGUAAUGAGGUAUGAUGCAGUUUGGCGGCAACCAAUCGGAAUGUAGUAGUCCAGCGCUUGAGAGGAGUCCAGAGAACGCAGCCCUGUGAAGUUUGUUUUCGAUCACAGUAGUUCUCAAGGGUUUGAUUAUUGCAGUCGGCGAAUUUCCAGUUAUUUACGAUGUUUUCUUACAGGAACAUGCAUUAAUAAAAGAUACUGGCGAGUUA